ACAUGGACCCGGGCAUCUCAUGUGACGGAUCCUUCCAGAAUCCAAAACACGCUCGCCCUAAAACCUCCAGACUGCCUAAUUUUCCGACUAGAGGCGGCGGGAGCUUUUAAGUCCGUAAUAGAUUGCGGCAGGAAUUAUAGCAAUAGAGUAGCAUAGUCGAUGGGGAUAAUUAAGAGCUGUUUCUCCUUCAUAGCAGGAACGGUCUGUGGAGUUUACAUUGCUCAAAACUACGAUGUUCCUAACGUCAGGAAGCUCGCCACCACUGGCCUCUUCAUGGCCAAAAUCAUCGAAGAGAAGUAUCGCAAGCCCAAAAGUAAGAAUGACGACGAUUAGCUUCGCAACUAUCAUCAGGUCCUUCACCUUUCGUUUUUACUUUCUGGAAGGAAUUACGGAUCAAUCAUACUCAAUUUAUGAUAUAGCGAAUACAAAUUGGAAUUGGAGUUGUAAUUUGUUUAAUUUUUAAUGGAAUUAACUUUGCAGUGGAAUUCUCAUACUUAUUUUCCGCCUAUUGAAUUGUUAUUUAUUGUUUUAGUGAAUGUUGCAAUUUGAUCAAAA